CAGACAAUCCUCACCCUACUCCAUGUGAAGAUAAAGUAAUGGAAAAGUAUUUUAUAAUUGCAGAAAAAUCAUCACGAAAACAGAAAUUUAAUUUGUUUUCAAAAUGAGAAGACACAUUUGCCGUAGGACAGCUCAAAUGUCAAAAUUCGUAUAACACCCGUUUCAUAAACAAUCUACCCGACAACAACAUCGACUGAUAAGCGAAACAGCGCAAUUGAUUUUAGAAAAAAGAAAUCCUCCAUCGCGUAAUCUUUGCCGAAAUCCGAUACAAAUUACAUGUAUUCUUUGCUUAGCAAACGGACCGCACAACUAUUGUGGCAAUUGUCGUGCAGCAGCAACAUUCGAACGAUGGCUACUCGAAAUCCGGCUCGUAUUGCCGUUGCGCAAAUGCGGUCCACAAAUGAUAAGCAGCACAACUUUGCACAGAUUCAAACCAUUACGGAGCGGGCAAAAGCUAAUGAUGUGCAGUUUAUCUUCUUUCCAGAAUGUUGCGAUUUCGUUGGAACUCAUCGUGAAGAAACAUUAAGCUUGUCGGAACCAUUGACCGGCCCCACUGUCGAACAGUUCCGGAAGUUGGCUCGCGAACAAAAUGUGUGGCUUUCGUUCGGUGGCGUACAUGAGAGUAUCAUCGAACAGACGAAAUCUGGCCAGCAGGUGAACAACAUUUACAACACGCACAUACUGAUCAACAAUGCUGGUGAGCUGGUGGCAAGCUAUAGGAAACUGCACAUGUUUAACGUCGUAACGCCAGAGUUUAAAUUUCGGGAAUCGGAAACAGUCAAAUCCGGCCCAGCAUUGAUACCACCAGUUGAAACACCAAUCGGCCGAAUAGGCCUACAGAUCUGUUACGAUAUGCGUUUUGCAGAGGCAAGCACAAUCUUAAGGAAACAAGGAGCGGAAAUUCUUACUUAUCCAUCUGCCUUUGCAAUGUCGACGGGUCGUGCCCACUGGGAAGUGCUACUGCGUGCAAGAGCUAUUGAAAAUCAAUGCUUCGUUGUUGCGGCAGCUCAAAUUGGUUUCCAUAACAAGAAGCGCGAAAGUUACGGCCAUGCACUGGUAGUUAAUCCCUGGGGAACUAUCCUUGGUGAGGCUGGUGCUCAGGAUCUGGAUGUGGUCAUUGCGGAGUUAGAUUUUGGCAAGCUGCAAAGUGUACGAGCCAAUAUGCCUUGUUUCGAGCAUCGGCGGGACGAUGUUUACAACUUAUCGACAAGUGUAGGCCUGCCGUACACCAGUAGCUCGGCCAGCAAUGAGAAGUACUCGUUCGGGGGCAUAGAGAUACAGCCGGAAACUAUUUUCUACGUAUCUGAGCAUAGCUUUGCUUUCACCAACAUUCGCUGUGUUGUGCCAGGACAUGUUCUCGUAUCAACUAAACGAGUUGCAGCACGGUUGCCGGAUUUGACUCCAGCAGAAAUAUCUGACUUCUUCCAAACCGUUUGCAAGGUGGAAAAAGUAGCAGAACGAUUGUAUGACGCCACUUCGUCCACCGUCACGGUACAGGAUGGACCCGAUGCCGGUCAAACCGUUUUCCAAGUUCACUGUCACAUAAUGCCACGCCAUGUAGGUGAUUUCCCGGAGAAUGAUCAAAUCUAUGGUGAGUUAAACCGGCACGAUAAGGAACCGGAACGGUUACGACGGCCGGUUGCAGAAAUGACUGCGGAAGCAGCUCGUUUUCGUGACGAAAUGUCUAAAAUGGGGUUGUGAGUGUGAUAGCGUCGCGCAGCUGAAUGUUGUUUGUUUUCCCAAUAAAUAUUUGUAACGUAUGUAUAAUUUAAAUUCAA